AUGGCACUGUGGGUGCGGGCAGGUACCGGUGCCACCAGCUUAUAAUUAUUUGUGAUAUAAACACAUCUGUAAAAGAGAUACUCCCCUUUUUCACCCCCCCCCCACUGCUAACUUCACCACCGCUACCCAGGCCCGCUUGUGCCCCAUGUUAGAAUUCCAGGACUACAUCACUAAUUUCAAGUUGUGUGUUAGGCGUGAAUCCUGUUCUCGUUGGUUUAUCGUUACUCUAUACAAAACGUCUUACUGAUAUGUUCCAAUUUUGUGUCAGACAAACUGCUGAAGUUGAAAAUCAGGUAAUGACAUGACUAUCGUUCUAUAAUGUGGCAGUGCAAAGGUCUAGAAAUGUAUUAAAGUAUUUACACUCGAAAUUUCCAGGUACAAAAACUCUUCUACAAUUAGUUCUAUCAAGUGAGAUAUCCAAAAAUCCUGAUAUUUAUCCAUACACGUUACACUGGACAUUUAUAUAAAGUUUCAUGCAUGCAUGUGCAACUAUAUCCAAACGAUGUGACCAGUUCUUUUUACAAAACAUUAUGGGGGCGGAGUCGUAUACAUUUACAUUAUGUAAGCAAAUAUUUUGAUGUGUACCACAGUUCGAUGAAAGCGAAGUAAACAUGUUCUCACAAUGCACCUUUAACUUAUAAAGAAACUGAUAACAGGGGAUAUUUGCGCUUGUUUGCAACCAAAUUGCCUGCGGAGGAAGAUACUCUGUGGCUACUUUUUAGACAACACAGGUCUAUAACCGAAAUUGUAUUACAAGUUCCAAAUUGUAUUGCAUGCUUCGUGUAACUUGGCCUUAUUUAAUGCUAUAUUGGUUUAAGAGUGUAUUUAUCUCGUAUUCAGAUGGUGUCGGUAGAACGAGUGCAGCAAUACACCCAAAUCGAAUCUGAAGCAGAGCUAGAGGAAUUAACUGGUAAACCAGCAGAUGCCUGGCCACAGCAUGGUGAAAUUAUUGGUGAGACUGUUGUAUUCCGUUACCAUUCCUCUCUUCCACCAGUCCUGAAAGGCAUCAAGUUUCGUAUUAAACCCAAAGAAAAGGUAUUACAUUUACACUAAUUUGGCGGGUGUUUACGUGAAGUCUACUUGGAUUAGUGGAAUAUCUAAGCUCUAUAUUAUGUAUUACGAGCAAGAUUUUCAGUCAAUCGGCCUAUGAGAAAAGUGAAGCCAAGAUGGCGAAAAUUGACGUCCAAUGCUUACGCAAUGCUAAGGUCGUAAACAGUUUGCAUACUGUUUUCCCUGACAAAUAUAUAUAUAUAUAUAUAUAUAUAUAUAUAUAUAUAUAUAUAUAUAUAUAUAUAUAUAUAUAUAUAUAUAUAUAUAUAUAUAUAUAUAUAUAUAUAUAUAUAUAUAUAUAUAUAUAUGUAUUUAGAAUCAUAUAGCUCUACCAAUAUGAUUCUCCUCGUGUUUGAAAUCAGCGUAGGGAUCGCAUGCUUCUGCAAGCAUCAUUGUAUAGUUGUUUGACGAAUUUAGAUUUUCACUAUUUUUCUAUGUAAUUCUGAAAUCAAAUUUUCACCAUUUAAAGGUUAGAAUAAUAACCAACAAACAACUUAGUGAGUAUAGUUCUAUAGCUGAAUUUGCUGCAGCCUUACUAGACGAGGUCUCGGAGAGGCAAUUUUAAUACGUCUUUCAAACAGCACAUGCAUGAUCUCGCCUACGAGGGCUAGCACUUCAUGUUUGUAGAGCUUAUUUAAACACAUCAGUCUUGGGUUUGAGUUUAGCAUUUUCUUUUAGUUGUGUUAAAUAGCCUGUCAGCGAUUACAAUGGACUUCACUGUUUACAUAACCAUUGUAAUCUAAAAUAUGCGCACUUUAAUUGUUUAUUUGUUUUAUUAUAUAGAUUGAGAUAGUUGGCCGGACAGGUGCUGGUAAAUCAUCCCUAAUAUCAGCUUUAUUUCGUCUUGCUGAACCAAGUGGUAAAAUAAAUAUUGAUGGUGUGUCUAUUAAAGAGAUUGGAUUACAUGAUUUAAGAGAAAAACUAUCAAUAAUACCACAGGUCAGUUGUUACAGAGUAAAGUCUUUUUAUUUGGUUUUAUAA